ACUCCUUGCUAGUACGUGAUGGGGAAUUUCCCAUUUUCUCCUCAGUCUAUCUGACCAGGCAUACCUGUUCAUCAAAUAGUAUUGAGCUAGCACUGAGACAGUUGCGUUGAUUGUGUACGUUAUUUACAUUUCAUUACGACUUGAAUUUCCUACGGAGUCAAAAACUACAGGUUUAUAUGAUGCAUUUUGAUAGCAAAGCUGGUCCCUCAAAAAAUGUUAGAUAUGGCGAUUCGGACUACGAGGAAACUUUGCUGAAAUGGGCGGCUGAGGUGGAUGAGCAAAAUGAAAACGACAGUGAUAUUGAUUCAGAUACCAAAUUCAUUUACAGUGAUUAUGAGAGCAUUCAGAACAAGAAUGGACAGAGAUUGUAAAAGACUUUCUACUGAAGAAGACGAGACAUCGAACGGCGUUUCUACAGAAAACUAUUUCUAUGAAAAAAAAAAAAACCGUUUCAAAUGGUUUGCGUGGACUGUGCAAAAUGAAAAAAUUGCCUGGGCAGACCUACUGCACGUUUCCAUAUCACUUUCAUGUAAAUUUAUAAUCGUUGUAAGUAUUGUGUUUUAUGUUUUUAAUGAGUUUUAUAUGAAAAGUACUCGACAAGUUCAUUUUUCUUUAUGUUAAAAAGUUACCAAAAAUGUUGUUUUAAAUAUUCACGAAAAUUGUAUGC